CAUGUCCUGGCCCAUGGCCUGUUACAACCCAGCACUUCUGGGCCAGAAAUAGAAUUUGCUCAUUAUAAAAAUGGGCUUUACGGCUCCCAUAUCAAUUUUCCUCUCUCUCUUUUUCUUGCUCAACCAAACAAGCAAUACCUACAAGGGUUUAAGGCCUAAACUGAAGGGAUUUGCUCUCUCGUUGUCUCCUUCCAACUAGAACCCUCAGUUCCAAUGAAGGUUUUUGCUCACUUCUAACUAAUGUCCUUUUCUCCCUCUAAAAAUGGCAAAAACACCAAUCUCUCUCCUCCUCUUAAGACGCCUAACUCUCACUACCCAAAACCCUAAACCCCCACCACUAUCUCUCCUCCUCUUUAACAACCUUUACCUGAAACCCUACUCAACCACCAAAAAUGCUAAGCCCUUGACAGAGCAACCAAAACCCAGCUCUCUGUCUGGUCGAAAGAGCUUUGUCUUUGAUCAAAUUGAUGCCACUGAACGUGAACGCGCUGAAAAGCUCGAAACCCUCCAAAAAAUCCGUGCUUGGCGCCAAUCCAAAGACACCCCACAAGAACAGCAACAAGAAACAGUUGCUGCCCAAAACCCAGAACUUGAUGGGACUCAAAAAACAGAAAUGAUUGACUCUCAAGAUGAAAAACUGGAAUCUGGGCUCCGUGAUAAUGGUGAUUCUAUUGUUGUUUUUGAAGAGUCUGGUUUGGUUGAGUUGAAGAGGAAGGAAGUGGAGUUGGUGCAUCCAUGGCCGGAGUGGAUAGAGUUGAUGGAGAGGUUGGUGCAACAGCAUUAUUUUGACCCUAGUAGGAAAGUUGCGGACAAUAUGGUAGAAAGUUGGGGACUUGAUGUUUCUGGGGUUGGGAAUGAGAGUGAUGGUGAUGGUGUUGGGAUUGAUUUUAAUAAUUUCAGGGCUGUACAGACUGCUUGUAUUAAUUUUGGCAAAGACCGGUUCGAUAUCUUCAGGUCGUUGUCAAGACAGGAUAUUCAAAUUUUAGUAGGCUAUGGAUGCCCAAACGUGAACAAGAAGGUUGUUUUCUCUUCAAAGCUUUUGAGGAAGCAUGUCCACCUUGAUGAAGGGCAUGUUUGUAGUAACUGUCGUUUGAGGAGCUCAUGUGAAAGUGGAUAUCUACUAACAAACAAAGAGGAUGAGGCAAGGACUAUUGAUCUUAUGCGAGUUCUUUUAGCUUAUGGUUUUGAAUCCAUAAAUGGAUCAGUAACCAAUAGGUUUCUUCUGAAGCAAAAACCUGUCAGAACUGUUGUUCGUAAGUUACUUCAUGAGGUUGCAAAGUUGAGUGCAGUACCAAGAGACCCAAAUCUCCCCCCUCCAGUGAUUAAAAGGCCUCCAACAAAAGUGAAACAACCUCCUACUUCUCCUAGGAAAUGUGUUGGACGUGAUGGCAUUGAUAUGAAAAAGGGGGAUUGGCUGUGUCCCAAAUGUGACUUCAUGAAUUUUGCCAAGAAUGCAGUGUGCUUACAAUGUGAUGCAAAGCGGCCCAAGAGACAGUUGCUUCCAGGGGAAUGGGAAUGCCCAGAGUGUAACUUCUUAAAUUAUAGGAGAAACAUGGCUUGUUUCCAUUGUGAUUGCAAGCGUCCACCAGAUGCAUUCAUGGAAAAUAAAAUGGAAGAAAGGCAGCAUGGUAGCAGAACAAGGUCGGAGAAGAUUGUCAGCCACCCAGAAGUUUCCAGUGCCUGUAAUUUUGACUUCGAUGACAAUGAGUCAGAUGGGGCUGAUGUUGCUGCUUUUGAGCAUGCAGAUUCUGCAGCUAUAGUUGAAGACUUACCUCUGGGGAUUCAAGCUCAGGAAGGAAAUUCUGGACAGAAUACAGAUGAUUUCAGUGAACCCAGAAGAAUUUCAAGGGAAUAUUCUGUUCCUGAGCGUGAUGGAUUUGGAAGGGGGUUUGAUGAUUUUGAUGAUGAAGAUGAUAUUGAUAGUUAUGAACUAGAUACCCAAAAUGAUAAACCUGCACGGAAGGCUUCUCGAAACAAUUUUUCUGACCAAGGGAUUUCUGAUUUGGAAGGAGAUGGAGGUUCUGAUUACAACUUGGGCAUACGACUCAGGACAAGUCCUUCUGUUAAGCCAUCAAAGCCCAAGCAUCACAGAAGAGCUUUCUCUGGCUCUGAUGAUGAACUGGAUAUCGAUUCAGAUGAAGAGCGCUCUGUUCAUCCAAAAUGGAAAUCCAGUCAUGUUGCUGGUAUUAGAAACAAAAGUGGAGUUCCAGCAGGUCCUUCCAAGGGAUUAAGUUUUGGGUCAGAUGAAGAACAUGAACUUGAUUCUGAUGUGGAUGAUGAUUUUGGCUCGAGCCAUAGGAGACAGAGUAGAAAGGGUUCAGGUAGAAGGAAUUUUGAGAGAAAUUCUGAUUUGAAUGAUGCUUCCUUUUCUGGUUCAGAAUCUGAUAACAAUCAUCGAUGUUCUUGGAGAAAUAGAACUGGAGGUAACAAAUUGGAAUCUGGUAGAAGAGGUAACCAUUUUAGGGGUCGUGAUCAUGACUUUGUGAGAGACAAUGAGAUGAGAUCCAAGGGUAAGAUGGGUGAUAGAAGAAAGUCUUGGGGUGAUCAUUUUGGUAGAUCAUCACCUGGUGCCCAUGGUAAAAAUAGAGGAUUUCAGGGCACUGACUGUUCUGGGUGGAAAAUGAAUGGUGCAGGUUCACAGAAUUUUAAUGGACCGAAACAAGAAGGAUUUAGAAAACGGCAAGGAGGAAGAUCAAUUGAAUACAAUACGGACAUGGAUCCGUGUGAGUUUAGAAAUAGCCGACGUGUUAUUGAAAGGUAAAUCUGAGUUAAAGAUGACAAGCAUAUGUCACAUGCUUAGUUUCGCUGCUGAAUAGCUUGCAGUUAAGUGAAAUUGCUUUGAAGACGAAAAGCAUGUGUCGCAUCUCAACAUGCUUAGUUUCCCUGCUAAUAGCUUGCAGCUAGGUAAAUCUGAAUUAAAGAUGACAAGCAGGUGUCACAUCUCAACACGCUUAGUUUUGCUGCUAAUAGCUUGCAGUUCUGAAACCAAAUCGUCAUGUUGAUUACCUGGGGGAGACUGGCUGAAAGAAAGUUGUGGAAAAUGUGAGCAUCUUCAAAUGUGCUAGUGCUGCUUUUUUAUGUAUUCGCUGACUGGCACUAGCUCCUCCAUCCCCCAUGGAUAAUGCCAUGAACGCUGCUUUAGCCUGUAAGUGAGAUAUGGCGGGUCACCUGCUAUAAGAUAUUUUAUUAGCCUGGUAGAGUUGUUGGUAAUAAAGAGGGAAAAAAGAGAGAAGAAAACUAAUGACUGGCAGAGGUCUAUACUUCUUAGCAAAUGAUCCAUUUUAUUUUUUUAAUUUAUCUCAGUUGUAUAUAUUACUAAUCUCGAUAUUGUUGUAUUUGUACUAAACAUUAAUUGUAUCUCAAUUUUUUCUCCAACAGCAUAGAGGUCCAUUUUUCCUUUCA